AUGUUUGCGCAGGACUACCGAUAUGAUGAGCAUUUUCGGUCGUCGAAGGUCUUCGGCGAAAUACAACAACCUCAUUUGCAUUCGCUCCCCAGCCAAUCCGACUGCAUCAAACAAGCUGGUGGCGGCGGGGUGUCGAAAGAUUUAAUAUAUCGACACAAAAAGGCUUUAUUGGCUGUGAAGAGAGUAUCAGAGAGUCUCCCUGGUGAUGAAGAGAAACCCUCCCAAGAGGCCACAGUUAUAAGCAAUGUCAUUCUUCGAUGUCCUGAUAACAGUAUCGGCAUCGGGCAAUGUGACUGGGGUGAGGAUCAAAUCCCGAUCUUUAUUACCUUCUACGCCGAACAAGGAACCGUCAAAGACUUCCUUCAGAGGAACCACACAGUAUUCUUAACACAAAAACGCAACUUUGCCAUCGACAUUGCCUCCGGAUUGCACACCCUUCAUGCUUCGGAUAUAGCACACGGCGACAUCAAUCUUAGCAACACCCUCGUCUUCCCUCAUCCGAGCAACGAUGGAUCUUGGAUGGCAAAAGUCUCGAACUUCACCUGCUCCAUAUUCGGGCUCUCAUCAAAACACGAGACCUUAUACUCAGGGGCGUCCCUCUACAAUGCGCCCGAAGUCCGCGAUCGACACUCGUAUAUCCCCUCCAACCAAGUGAUUCAAUGCGAAGCGUUUUCUUACGGGCUUUUGGUCUGGGAGAUUAUCAAGGACGGGGAGAGUUACUUCGACCCAUCCUGGAUUGAAGAAGGCCCUGAAGAUGAGGGUGCAUCACGCCGGGUAGACUAUCUUCAAAAUCUACCUGUCGAUGGCUUACUCUUUCAUGCAUCGAGGUUCCUAACUCUGAGAUACAGACUCUCGAACAGCCUGGAUGUCCAUCUCUUCUAUCAUGUCUUGGAAUUGACACUUAGGGAUAUCGCAAGCUGCCGCAAAGACCUUGCUACUAUUGCAUUAGCACUUGACUAUUGUGACAGGUAA